AUGUUGGGGAAAUCUGCCCUGCCCGUUUUAUGCCAACUAAGCUGCUUAUUACUGGGAUUAAGUGCGAACCUGAUAUCCGCAUUCAUUAAUCUAGAUGAAUACCUAUACUUGAGGUACCUUGGAAUUGGAGAUCUAGAAGCUCAGACAAUAUGGUACUUCGUAAGGCGGCUCAACCUAUUCAUCGCUGUUGUUGUAAUACUAGGCAUACUCCUAUUCGGGUAUGCAAACAAAAAAACAGUAUCCGAAUGGAGCUGGAUGCUAUUUAGACUAUACGCAGUACUAUUAGGGUACAUAUACUACCACCGUGAUACAGGACCACAAUUCAACGCAAUACUGAGAUGGAUAACAUUAGGAAUAUCACUAGUAUCCCAUGUGCUACAAUCAAUUUCAAUAUUCUAUGUUUUCGACCCCAACGCACCAGGGGGGACAGCAGAAACACACCUCAGGUUGAUGUUCUAUCUUCUAGGCUCAGCUGCAUCAGGAUUCUUUAUGAGGUUAAUCGUAUGCCUCAGCCACAAUAGCAAGACGAUCAACACGCCGGAGCUUAUGCCGAUGUUGUUACACAAAAUUGUAGUUGCAUUUUUCCUCAUCAGUCUAAUCGCCUCGUUAGUAACGACAGGGCUUACAGAGUACCUCUGGAAAGGAACUGAUAAUCAAUAUCUAUCGCUGACAGUAGGAUGUACCAAGACACUACUCGCAGAACACGAUGACUGGGGGAUCAUGAUAUUAACAUCUUUAGGAUGGGCACUUACACCAUUAUCCGGGAUAUUUGCAUCAUUCAUGGCAAUACGCACAUCACUGGAUGAAAAUAACAGAAUCACUACAAUACACUAUGCCAUAUUCGGAUUUAUAGCUCUCAUAGCGGUGAUAAUUGCGAAAGCGAUAUCGCAAGGUCACACUCAACAAUUGGACUGCGAUAGCGAAAAACUGAAAGAUGCACUGUUCAAUUAUUUAAAUGCACGCGCACCUUGCGAAGAUAACAUGACGAAUAAUGAAGUUGAUAAAUCAAUGAACACACAUGCGGCGGAUAGACAUGUAUAUCGCAGGGUGUUCCGUGAUACACAACCAUGGGCCCUGCUACCAUAUGGCUACUGGGAUGAAUGGCAUGACGCAGAUUAUGAUAAUAACAAGUGGAUGACGCAGUACUUGAAAAUGUAUAUCAUGCUAGGUCAAGCAAAAGGUGAAUUAGCGAACACAGAUAUGGACGAUUGCGUUGAAAAUUAUCAACAAACAACUGCAAACCGCUAUACACUACUACUAGAGGUUAAAGAUAUAUGUCGAUGGUCAUUGUCAUCCUUCGCUCACAAACAUGCGGAACUAGACAAAGAAUUGGACCGUAAAAUGGAAUGUUUGGACAUCCCCGCCAAUCGAUAUUGCGUUGCCAAGGAACUGAUAUGCCUCUGGAGGAAAGCCAGUACCUGUAAAAGGGAACUGGAAAAGUUCGAUUGCAAUAAUUGCGUGUAUGCGGACGUAGGACUAUUGCGUAGCUCGCUGCAAUUCAUGAGAGGUACUUUACAGUGUUGCGUCGAGGACGCCAAGAAAAUUUGCACCGAUCUUGGAAAAUCUAAAAUCCUGAAUUACAAACCAGACGACGCUAAUGAGACACUUAUACAAGAAGCUAUUGCAGAACUUGAAAGGGUAUUGUUGACAGCGUUUAACCUAAUGUUGAUGAGGACCCUGGCAGAAGAAUGGCUAAUGUUGUGUAGAUCCAUGGAAGCAAGCCACAGAACACUCACUACACUACUUAACAAGCAUUCUAAACAAAGUGUUUCAACUAAUACUGCUCCGACUGCCUCAACUUCAACUCCAGCUCAACGUGCGGCCACCAACGGAGAGCAAGCUAGUACUUCACAAACAACCACAACCGAAUCUUCAGCUGCAACUACCGCGCCAAAACCAAAAGAAAAGCUAUGCUGUGGUUGUGGUUUGUUCGACAAAUUAGUGAAAUGCGUUGCUCAGCUGCACAAGCUACAAUGUGAGAUGGUAACUUUGAUGUGCAAUGCGGGUUUGACAGAGCUAAAGUACAAGAUGCCUACAAUCUGUCAUACCCGUGGGAUUAUGUUGUUGAUGACACACUAUGAGGAAGUGGCGAAACCCCAAAAUGCAACUCAGUCUGCCAAUAACCAGGCUAAAACUGACACCAGUUGGUACUGUACCAGAUACAAUGCACAUUUGGAUUCUUUGUUGUCAGAAUUUUUGUCUGAUUUGGAAAAAUUGAUCCAUGGAGAUAGAUUGUUGUAUUGUGCAGUAUCUUGGGUUGCCGAUUAUAAGAAAAACGAGCUAAUGAUCCCGAAGAUCAAUAUAAAACCUCUAAGUCUUACCAGAUCGUUUCUAUCGGGACUAAUUCACCGUGCCACGGUCAUGGGUUGGAAAUUGCUGGGAGUUGUGAUGACUGAUAGUAAAUUUGAAUACGAGAAACAAUGUUGCGAUUGUAAGGAUGAUAAGUGCGAAUGCGCCGAUUGUAAAAAUCCACUUUGCACGUGUAACAAAAACAAACCGGUGACGACAGAUAAAUGUGAGAAGACAAUUACCGACUGCGCAACUGCUCAAUCGUCAUGCAAGAGUACUUGCGCUGCCACCACUGCUGGAACAACUGGAACUUCGUCAAAUUGUGGAUGUCAAAAGGUACCAUUGUCAUCUACCUGCUCGUCAUGUGAUGAUAUCAGUAAGUUAUCAGCCUUAACGGAUUGUAAAGUGCCGAUUGGAGACGUACUGGGCUGCGUGUCUACACUGUUACAUGAGUCUUGUGCUUAUUAUUGUGAGUUUAUUAAGGCCACGUGGUGUAAUACAAACAGUUGCACCGCUCAAUCGAAUACCUCAACGAAUGGGCAUAGUGUCAUGUCCAACAUUUACAAUUUCUCGGGCUUCUUGAGUUCAUUGAAGGCACAUUGUCAAAAGGUUCCGGAUUGCAAGUCCGAGGGAAAGUCUUGUGUAAAUGCAGUUAUGUGUAGUUUAUUACGAUGUUUAUUUACGAAGUCAACAUCAUCCCUAACGUCUAGUAGUACGUCGCAAUGUAAUUGUAACGAGCCAAAAUGCAUAGGAUGCUCAUUAGCAAUGUGCUCUAAGGUUGCGAAUGAACAAUGUUGCUAUCUUUCCUGUUGUUUCACACAACAGGUAUGUGAUGGAGUGAAAUGCCUUUCGGAGUUUAGCUCGAAUACCAAGGAGUGUAUGUCUAGUAUCUGUGGAAAUGUGAGAUGUAUUAAAGAAACAGCUGCCUGCAUAUCAACACUGGCAUCAUGCGUCCAACAAUUAUAUCAAUGUAUCACUUGCAAAUUAUGUAAGAUGAUUGAGUGUGCAAAGCAGAAUGUAUGUAAGCUAACAACAUGCUUGCAAAGCAUCGUGGAGAAGCAGAAGGAAAACAUAAAAAAGUUAGUUUCUAGCUGCAACAGAAUCAGGGGCCAACUUUUUAGCCUUGAGCAGCGUUACGAGGCGUAUUCAUAUGCUUUGGAGCAUCAAGAUAGAUCUCUUGGGAAGAAUUCAGUGUUAAUGACCAAUAUAGGGACGUUUAUCAGUGACCUACGUUCCCGGACAUCGGCGACUAAAAAACAUCUACACACCACUAGACGCUCUGCGUACAUGAAAUCAGUGAAGUAUUUGAUCUGUAACUUGUACAAUAGACAAUCGAGAGGUGCUACGGUUCCAAAGGAAAACUUGAUAGGCAUAUCCUCAUGGUUUAACGCUGCGGUGUUGCUGAUCUUCUUUUGUUAUUGCCUAGGUGUCGAUAUAAGGUUUUAUUUCGGUGUCGUACGUGGAUUGAUCUCCUACAAUUUAUUUGGAAUGAUUGCGGCGAUAAUGUCACCCAUAUUGGUGGUCGUAGGGCUCACAUUGAUGUCGAAAAUGACAUAUAACGGAGGAUACUUCGUCAACGUAGCCCUUAUGUUAGGUUUCGUAUUUGCCAUCAUUGCGUCAUGGUUCUCGCAAAGCUAUGCACACAGAUCAUACAUAGCUGAACAAUUUGUCAAGUAUUACAAGAACUAUCGAACAAUGUACCCAGAUUAUGUUGACCAACCACUGAUAAGAACACGUUGGUGGGCUGACGGGUUUCGUAAUUUAGUAAAAGCAGAUUUUAUAGCGCUAUGGAAUUUAUUCGCCUUUGGAAAUAUGGUAGAUAAGAAGGAUAUCUAUAACUUAUAUUUGUCACCUCGCAUACAAGUUUACCCAACGACUAAGCUGGACGUAAGGCGAUUAUGGCCAGUAGUAAGAGCAACUCACCACAUCAAAUCCGUAGUAUUGAAGGAUAUGAAGGAAAACCUAGACAAAUUUUUCGACUUUGCAGCACUUUCCAUGUUAAACACUAUAUACUGGAAUUUUAUGACAGACAUUGGAGUUAAUAACGAUGUCACAUAUCCCUUGGACUUGCUAUGGGAAGGUUGGACGAGUGGUACCGUUGUUACAAAGGGACACAGCGCAGUGUACGAUUCCAGAAUGGAAGCACUUGAUGCUUUUAGUCGCUCGGUUGCCAGCGCCGUUGAUAAGAAGGAAAUAAAGAGAGGGGCCACAGAAGAACUAUUGUUAGCUUUCCAAAAGAAACAACUUGGUGGAAUGGCCAAAAAAUCUGUGGCACUCCCCUUCAUCCCAGAUGUACCAAGAUUCCCACAACAACGAGAUGCUCUAAUGGAACUUUUCGUACAAGAGUAUCGUGGGUUGUGGUCUGAUAUGAAUGUAACACGAGCUUCAUCAAGUGAUGGUGCCGCUGCCAUUGACGAGACAACGAAAAUGGAGUUGGAUGACACAAAAGCCUCAGGAUACAACCUACAGGAUUUAAAACAAUCCUGUGACGGCUGGGAAACCCGUAAACUUCAAAUCUGCAAGGAAGCUUAUAACAAUGACAAACGAUGCUUGGCGUUAGUAAAGUCAACUGCUCAUAGAUUUGCGAACUUUAUAGCUUCGUUGGAUGAUAAAACCGCAUAUGCCGAUGAACGUAGACUCUUCGAGGCGUACGAGCAGUAUUGCGAGAAAGUGGAAUACGAAAAUAAAUAUGAGGAAUCUAAUAUCCCAACUGCGAAACCCAUUCUGCAUUCACGCAUGGUGUCCGAGAUACGACAGAUGACGCAUAUCAACGCAAAAUCACCGUGGAACGAUGUGUUAACCGCUUUGGAACGAUUGGUAACACUAGAGGAUGAACUGGUGGAAGCGCAGAAGAAACAACAAAAGUAUGUUUUCGGUGAAUGGGUUCGGUUAAACGGAGUCAGUGUAACUGCCGGCAAUGUAGCUAUUAUGUCCAACGUAGCCGACCGAUGA